CAGGAGACUGCCAGGUCUAUGGGCUGUUCCAUGGACAGUCUGAAGUUUGUGUCAUCAUGGAAGAGUCCCAUAACAGAGGCUCAACUCCAAGUCAAGGUGGGUGGUCUGCAGUUGGAGGGCUGUAGUUUUGAUGGGGCUCGUCUGUCUGAGAACCGACAUGACUCCCCCAGUGUGUCAGCUGUACCUGACUGCUACAUGGCCUGGAUAGCACAGUGUUCCAGUGGCAGCUACAGUCCUGAGGAGGUCAUCUCCCUGCCUGUGUACACCAGUUCUGAGCGCUCAGUAAUGACCCUGGAGAGGCUCUGA